AAGAAUUUGAGUUUGUGUGUGUAUAAUUUAUGUUUUGAUGCAUUAUUUACUUGUAUUUUUGUUAUGGUAACGGAAGGCUUUUAUUUUGAAAUGUAUGUUCAUGACCGCAUAUAGCGCGAGUAUGUGCUGUAUGUGCUAAUCAAUUCAGAGUGAAACGAGACCCAGAUGCAAACGGUUGUGGCCUCAAAGGUUUACGGUUUACAAAGGCUUAGUUCCUGGUUUAAGUGGAGAACAAGCUCUUACGGUGAUCUUCAGUAAUCUCACGGCAUUUAUGAUGAACAUUUGAAUAAAGCUUGAGGAUCAUCAGUUGAAGAGUCAGUAUUUAUUAAACCAGGGAGCUACAGUAAGAGCUUGUCCAUCGUCGACCCGCGGUGCUGCUUCAAGAGACUCCAUGGUUGGUGAAGGAAACUUUUAAUGCCAGCGUGCUCGUUGGAAACAACGUGACUGUUCUCUUAACGCCAUAAAGAUUAAAGCGAACACUCAGCGAACGAUUACACGAGUUUACGGGCAGCAAAUGGAUCGACUUAAUGGACUAUUUAAAGGAAGAGAGCUGUUGCAAGUGUUUGGUGGAUCGCAGUGAGUACCAAAGACAUAAAGUUAACUUUCAAGGGACAAUCGUCUUUGGUUGUUAUGCGUGAUUGAAAGAGUGACGGACAUUGCUUGCGCUUACAAUUUGCAUAUUAAUGAGCUAAUGUUGAAGUGUAUUGAAUAUAUCAAUUUCGCUUUCAAGAGUUAAUGUCUCAGCAUAUGUUUAAGUGUGUUUGCUGAGCACAUGUUAUGUAUUAACUUUGUGAAUGAUGUUAUGUGAUUUUGGUGAAUUAUAAAUGUAAGAGAAUGUCAAAAUCAGACGCAGGGUUAAAAGAAGUAAAUAAGCAAGUUGAUAGUCAACAUAUGGAAACUCAAAGUGAAAGUGCACGCCGCUCAAAGCGUACUCAUGUUCCUACUGAAAAAAUGUUAGCCUAUCAGCAAGAAGAGUGGCAAAAAAGGAAGAAAAAAAUUGUAUCUUUAUAUGAUCAAUGGAAAAUAGAAGCCCGUAGUGCACGUGAGCGUCUUAAAUUAGAUGCAUCAGAUACUCAGUUGGCUAUUUUAAUUGAUACAUUGGAAAUGGCUAAAAGUAAGGUCCUAGGUGCUUAUGAUGAAUAUAGGCAACGUGUAUCUCCUACUGUUGAGAUGAGAAGGAAAAUGGAUGCAUGUGUAGCAGUCACAACUGAUAUCUUUAAAAUUGCUAAUGAAAGAAUAACAGGUGUAGAUGGUGAUUUUGAUUCAGAAAAAGAGAAAAGACGUCUUCGUACUUUAUUAGAUCAUCAAUAUGCCCGUUCAAUCUUUGGUUCAACUGCUUCACAAGUUAGCCAAGAAACUAGUAACGCUAGUCAUUGCUCUGUUACAUCAAGCUUAGAAGCCAAGCGUAUAGAUGCUGCAGCGGAAGUAGCAGCUAAACAGGCUGCAUAUAAUGUUCUGCUAGAAGAGUCAAAGCAAAAGGAAAAAAUAGAGCAGCUAGAGGAACAGCAUAAAAGGGCUCUUGAAAUAGAGUUAAAGGAGUUAGAGCGAAUUCAUGCACAAAAGGAUCUGAAAGCAGCUCAAGCUAAACUAGAAGUAUACAGUCAAGAAGUUGAGAAAGAAAAGACUAUCUUAUCCAGAGAUUGCGCUAGUGCAGAAGGGUCAGAAUCAGAGUUUUCUGAAGUAAAUGUGAAAAAGAAGCAAGAAAACCAUCAACAUCUGCACCAUGCAACUGCAAAGCCUUCGGCUAAAGCACCAGUGACUGAUAUUCACCUUCUUGUUAAAGCAUUUCAAGAUGGCAUGACUAUGAGCAAGCUGCCAGUUCCAGAGCCUCCUGUUUUUACAGGUGACCCCAUUCAAUUUAUUGAGUUUAAGCAAUCCUUUAUGGCACUUAUUGAUCAGAAGAGCCUUUCGUCUGCUGACAAAAUGUUUUAUUUGAAAAAGUAUGUAAGUGGUUCAGCCAGAAAAGCCUUGGAAGGCACUUUUUUCAGAACAGAUGAUGUAGCCUAUCAAGAUGCCUGGUGUAAGUUAAAUGAGCGUUAUGGUCAGCCGUUUGUCAUUCAAAAGGCUUUUAGAGAAAAGCUAACAAACUGGCCUCGAAUUCAUCCAAAGGAUGCCAUGGGACUUCAAGCCUUCUCUGACUUUCUGAAUGCAUGCCAGGAUGCAAUGCCUCAUGUAAAAGGUCUCAAAAUUUUGAAUGACUAUCAAGAGAACCAAAAGCUUGUGCAAAAAUUACCUGAUUGGGCUAUUGGUAGGUGGAAUCGCCAAGUUACGCAGUCCCUUACUGAUAAGCAUGAGUAUCCUACUUUCAGAGAGUUUGCUAUGUUUGUAUCAACUGAAGCAGAGGUUGUUUGCAAUCCAGUUACCUCCUUUCAUGCUCUUCAUAAUGCAGAAAUUGCUGUUGAAAAGGUAAAUUUGAAAGAGACUAAGAGAAGCAGAGGUCGAGUUCUUUCUACUCAAUCAAGUGUACAAAGUCAAAUUGAGGUUAAGUCCACGAACAAAGUGCCAUGUAUAUUCUGCCAAAAGAGUAACCAUCAACUUAACAACUGUUACAGUUUUCUUAGUGAACCGCUGGAGGAGCGGCGAAGAUACGUGCAAGAGAAGCGGCUUUGCUAUGGAUGUCUGAAGUUUGGUCACAGUGCAAAGGAGUGUCGUUCCCGUUUUGUUUGUAACACCUGUAAAAGGAAGCAUCCAACCAGUUUGCAUGAUAACAACUUUGUGAAAAUUGUGAAAACUUCAUCUUCUGCAGUUCAGACCCAAAGUGACCCUGGUGGUACAAUGAAUGCAGUGGCCUUGAGCGUAGCUGGAGAAGAUCGCAACGUGUAUACCUCCAUGAUUGUUCCUGUCUGGGUGUCUGCAAAGCAAAAUCCAAGCUAUGAAAGAUUAGUAUAUGCAUUGUUGGAUUCUCAAAGUGAUACCACAUUUAUUGAUAAAGGUGUGAGUGACGAUUUACAAGCAACAACGUUCCCAGUAAGAUUGAAACUUACAACCAUGCUUGGGAAAGAUGUAGUGCUUCAAAGUGAGAGAGUAUCAGGACUUCAGGUGAGAGCAUACAAGUCAAGUAAUUAUAUCGAUCUGCCCCCUGUCUAUACCAAAGAUUGCAUACCAGCUAAUCGUAGCCAUAUUCCUACUCAUGAAGAUGCUGAAAAAUGGAAUCAUCUUGCAGUUAUUGCAGAAGAAAUACCUUCUUUACAGGACUGUGAUGUUGGCCUGUUAAUAGGUUAUAAUUGUUCAAGAUCAAUGGCUCCCAGAGAAGUGCUGAUAGGAGGGGAUGAUGAGCCCUACGCCAUUAGGACAGAUCUAGGAUGGAGUAUAGUGGGUCGUUCUUCACCGCAUCCUAACUUAUCUGAUUUCAGUAGACUCUGUCACCGUACAACAGUUAAGGAGCUUCCUCCUACCCUUAUGCAACAAAAAUAUACUGCAAGAAAUGAAGGAAUAGGUCGAGGAGAAGGAGGAGGAAGAGGAGGAGGGAGAGGAAGAGGAGGAGGGAAAGAAGGAGGACGUGUAGAAGGAGGAGAAAGAGGACAUGGUGAAGGUGAAGGGAGAGGACAUGAUGAAGAAAUAGGUCGAGGAGGAGGAGUAGGAAUAGGAGGAGGGAGAGGAGAAGGGAAAGGAGGAGGACGUGGCUAUGGAAGAGGCAUGUGA